UCUUCUUACCCUGCUAGGGCAAAGGACCCUUUUCCUGCUGCCUAGGUGGUGGCUGCAAGCCUUAGGGCCACCAGGAUAGCGCCGGCGUGGCAACAUCAUGCAGCCUCGAAUCUCUAGCCAUGGAUGAAUGCCCAUGCUGUUCGUCGCUGAGGCAUCGGAAUUGUGUAGAGUGGCGCCUGGGGUCCCGACGGACCUGGAGGCUUACUUGCACUCUCAAGUAGGACCUUGCAAGACAUCGUGAGUGCUGGCUUCUUUGCGGAGUGGUGGUGGUGAGCUAGAAUCCAGGACCCACCCGACAUACUGACUCCCCAUAUCUCUUGCUUGAAUCAUGACCCUGGGCUCUUCUUCGGAUCCUCCGAAGACUCGGGAAGCCUCCGUCUCGCUCCACUGGACGAUGAUUCCUGAACGCAUAUCCCCUUGCUUCCCCAGCAGGUGGAAAGGGGCCCACGUGGCGCUUGUAAACGGAAAGGCAGCGAAGGCGGCUUUGGGUCGGGGUGGCCCGUCGGACCGGCGGCAGGGAGUCCAACGAGACCGUCUAAAAGUCUAGCGGAGGAAGUUCCUGCAGAUGAAGCGCAGGAAAUACGGCUUCAUUUACAAGACACAUCUGUUUGGGCGGCCCACUGUGCGGGUGAUGGGUGCGGACAACGUGCGUCGCAUCUUGCUUGGAGAGCACCGGCUGGUGUCGGUCCACUGGCCAGCGUCGGUACGCACCAUCCUGGGCUCUGGCUGCCUCUCCAACCUGCACGAUUCUUCGCACAAGCAGCACAAGAAGGUGAUUAUGCGGGCCUUCAGCCGAGAGGCACUCCAGUGCUACGUGCCGGUGAUCACUGAAGAAGUGAACAGUUGUUUGGAGAGGUGGCUGAGCUGUGACGAGGGCGGCCUCCUGGUCUACCCCGAGGUGAAGCGCCUCAUGUUCCGCAUCGCCAUGCGCAUCCUGCUAGGCUGCGAGCCCCAGCGAGCGGGCGGCGGGGAGGCAGAGCAGCAGCUAGUGGAGGCCUUUGAGGAGAUGACCCGCAAUCUUUUCUCGCUGCCCAUCGACGUGCCCUUCAGUGGACUAUACCGGGGCAUGAAGGCACGGAAUCUCAUUCACGCGCGUAUCGAGGAGAACAUUCGCGCCAAGAUCUGCCGGUUGCGGGCUGCGGAGACGGGCGAGGGUUGCAAAGACGCGCUGCAGUUGUUGAUCGAGCACUCCUGGGACAGGGGAGAGCGGCUGGAUAUGCAGGCACUAAAGCAAUCUUCAACUGAGCUUCUCUUUGGAGGACAUGAAACCACCGCCAGUGCAGCAACAUCUCUGAUCACUUACCUGGGGCUCUACCCACAUGUUCUCCGGAAAGUUAGAGAGGAGCUAAAGAGUAAGGGCUUACUUUGCAAGAGCAAUCAAGACAAUAAGUUGGACAUGGAAAUUUUGGAACAACUUAAAUAUAUUGGGUGUGUUAUUAAGGAGACCCUCCGACUGAAUCCCCCAGUUCCAGGAGGGUUUCGAGUUGCUCUGAAGACUUUUGAAUUAAAUGGGUACCAGAUUCCCAAAGGCUGGAAUGUUAUCUACAGUAUUUGUGAUACUCAUGAUGUGGCAGAUAUCUUCACUAACAAGGAGGAAUUUAAUCCGGAGCGAUUUAUGCCACCUCACCCAGAGGAUGCAUCCAGGUUCAGCUUCAUUCCAUUUGGAGGAGGCCUUAGGAGCUGUGUAGGCAAAGAGUUUGCAAAAAUUCUUCUCAAAAUAUUUACGGUAGAGCUGGCCAGGCAUUGUGACUGGCGGCUUCUAAAUGGACCUCCUACAAUGAAAACCAACCCCACCGUGUAUCCUGUGGACAAUCUCCCUGCAAGAUUCAUCCAUUUCCAGGGAGAAAUCUGAUGGGCAUGAAUGUGCAAACCUCAGGCUUAUUGGAAGUGUACAUAUGAGUUUUUAUAUAGUGUCAUAUUGACUUAUUAUAUUUAAUUUCUAAAUGUAUAUUAUAUUUAUGUGUUUCUACUAUAGUAUCAUGGUUUUUAAAUGUUAAAAUAAUUUGUAUAAUUUCCAAAUAAAGUAAAAUUUGAAAGUG